AUGCCAGGAGAGGGAAUUUUAAGAACAAAAGUGUCAUGGGAUGAUCUCCAACACGGGCUGUUCGAGGCGUUUGGAGAAAGUGCGAGGUUCGGGCCACACAAAAACGUUAAGGACAUUGGAUUUGGUAAUGGAUUUCUGUCGAAGAUAUGCUUGAUAAUACCUGACUGGCAGGCUGACUUCAAGCAUUUGCCUGAAAAAUUUGUUGUUAAGAUCUGCUCUCAACUCUCGUUUUUUCAAUCCCAGGAGAAAUCUGAGGAGUUUGAGACGGAGCAGAACCAGGAGUUUCUCAAAACGUUGGAGUCCGAAAUGAAAAAAAUUCACAAUAACGAGGUCUAUGUGUACCGUCUGUUGAAAAAGUACAGCGUUUCAAAUGUCGCUCGACCUGAGGUAUACUACAUGCGAGAAUUCUCAGAAGAGAACCCACUUAAAGGAUUCAUUAUCAUGGAGUACAUAACCGGGAACCUUUCGCUUCGUAUAUUCGAUAACUUUGCUCCUACAGAUGUUCUCCAGGUGCUACGACAAAUUGCGUCACUAGAAGCCGCAUCGUUGAAGUUUACUGAUGACGACAAGGCACUACUUCUUAGAAACAGGUUCAAAGGUGUAUUUGCGAAAGCACUGACAAAAGAGAUUGAAAAAGAAAGCUCUCACCUAUCAUCCCUCAACCUGCCGAUUCCUGCGGAAGUCUUUCCGUGCUCUCUCGACAGGGUGAUAUGGGUUUCUUUGUGGAAUAUACUACCCGGACUUGCGCUCUUGAAAAAAUUAGGUGGUGAUCGACUCAAAAAAAGCAUAGAGCGACUUGAAGCCACUGUGUUGGACAUCAUAGAUCUUGAUUUUGCUGAUAGUUUGUCAGAUACUCUGGGGAUGAAACGAGUUCUAUGUCAUGGGGACUUGUGGACAACUAAUAUAAUCUGGAAAAAAAGACAGGAAAGUAUAGAACUUGCUGCCUUGAUUGAUUUCCAGAUUUCACACUUUGGUUGUCCUGCAGUGGAUGUUGUGAGAGUUUUGAGUGCGUGCUUAAGCGCAAAGGAUCGCCGAGAACAUUGGAAAAAUCUUUUGGAAAACUUCUACUGCUUCCUUGAAGAAGAAGUUGGGGAUCAUGAGAUGCCGUACACUCUAGAACAACUGAAGCAUUCUUAUCGCCUUUUCUUUCCUCUUGGUGCAUAUAUGACGCUUCCUAUGGUUGUUCCUGUAUUCCAGUUAGCAAAUGACAGUGAUGAUCUUGAGCACAAGAGAAGGUCACAUUUCACGAGGCAAACAAAAACAAAACGGAUGUCUAAAGUGGUCCAAGAUCUUCGUCUCCCGCUCACGUCUGCCCAAAUGGGUGCAGCAGCACAGCUGCGGUUGCUGCUAUGGAAGAACUGGCUGCAACAGAUCAGAUCGCCCUGGUUCACCUUGAUGGAGUUCUUCAUUCCGAUGCUGCUUAUAGCGAUUAGUUUCGGUUUAAUGAUUGGACUAAGAGGUAACUUCGAGCGCGAUCAUCGCCUUCGAAACUAUCAGGAAUGGCCAGUGAUGGGCAGUGCUUACGACUUCAUCACGCCGACGAAUUCAUCUAAACUUGACUCGGCCAUAUUGGACCCAGUGACCCUGCUAUCUAACCUGUCCGUGGACUGCCCGUUUCUGAAUCUUACCGCAGUAAACGAUGGUGGCGUUCACCUUGACGUCGAAUUGAUUUAUGCACCAAUAACUGACAAGACUAGAAAAAUUAUGGAACUUGUACAGAAGCGUUAUUCUAUGACGAUCAUGAAUCCGUUGGGACUACUUUAUGGACCGUUCGCCAGUUUUGCUCAAAUUCCUAUUCCUAAAUAUUUCCAAUCGAAUAUGACUAUUCAGGGUUUUAAAACCGAAUCUGAUAUGGUCUCAUAUGCGAAAGAAUCGUUCUCGAAUCAGUGCGGAAAUCCGCUAUUAGCUGGCAUCACAUUCGGUGACUCCAUCGCUGAACGCUUAAUGACGGACGUUGAUUUGGAAUAUACCAUAAGACUAUCAAAUACGAAUCGCCGUAGUAGAACAACAACGGGAUCGAAUAGUUACACACCUUGGAACACGCAAACUAUUUUCGCUGUACAGUUCGUUAGCGGACCGAUCAAUCCGUCGGAUAGCGAUGGCGGUUAUCCAGGCUAUUGGAAGGAAGGUUUCAUGACAGUCCAAAAAUCUAUCAACAAUGCAAUUCAUGAAAUACUUACAGGGCAACAGAUACCUGCAUUUAAUGGAGACUUGAUGAUCGGUCGAUUUCCUUUUCCCUCAUACCAGUCAAAAAUCAUCGAAGUUGGAUCAUUCUUUCUUCCUGUUGUGAUUGUCUUCUCCUACAUGACAAGUGUUAUCUACAUUGUGAAGAGUGUGGUGAUGGAGAAAGAAAGCCGACUGAAGGAAUACAUGAGGGUGAUGGGUUUGAGUCAGUGGAUCCAUUGGGUUGGCCAUUUUAUUAUGAACUAUGUGAAACUUGUAGUGUCCGUUAUUGUGCUAACAAUUCUACUUCAUUUUGUAACUACAAAGUCUGAUGGCAGUGUAAUGUUUGUGUUCUUCCUGGUAUACGCAUUCGAUGCUCUCUAUUUUGCCUUUGCUAUAUCCACUUUCAUGCAGUCGGGAACCGCUGCGACUUUGGUGUCGGUGGUUGGUUGGAUGUUACUCUACUUUUGGUAUGCUCUCUUCAACAGUUUUGAUAUGAUGACACCUUACUCACUCCCAAUACGAAUGUGGAAUUGCUUAAAUCCUGACAUAGCAAUGGCGUACGGUGUCAGCCUUUUGGCGCAGUAUGAGACGCAGGCGGAUGGACUUCAUUGGGGUCUCCUCUUCAGCCCAUCCACUCCGGAUCAGCGGCUUACUGUAGGGCACUGUUUGGUCAUGCUAAUUGUUGACGGUAUUAUUCUGAUGCUGGUCACAUGGUAUGUGGAAGCGGUUUAUCCAGGUGGUGAGGGAGUACCGCAGAAGCCGUGGUUUUUCGUGCAGAGAUCGUAUUGGUUUCCGUCAACCCAAGCCAAAAAAAGUAUAGAAUCACAACAAUCUCUUCUGAAGACCUCUGGAGAACGUGACUUCGCAAAAAUCGAGCCAGAACCUGAUUUAAAGGCUACUAUAAAUGUGGUGAAUCUGUCAAAGACGUACGGUACCUCUUUCUUCAAAAAAUUGUUCGAUUGCCAAUUUGGGAAACUCGGCGAGAAAAAGGCAGUCGAUCGAUUAAAUCUGAAAAUGUGUCAUGGUCAAAUAACUGCACUGCUUGGCCACAAUGGUGCUGGCAAAAGUACUACGUUCAGUAUGCUGACAGGAGUAACUGCGCCGUCAUCUGGCACCGCCUACAUUGAUGACUAUGACAUUCGGACGAGUUUACCGCAAGUUCGAAAACAGACUGGUCUAUGUCCUCAGUACAACAUACUCUUCAGUUCAUUGACAGUGAUGGAGCACUUGGAAUUUUUCUGCAAGUUAAAGGGUCGCGAAUACUACGAGAAAGAGGCUAUAGACAUCUUGACUCGACUCAAAAUCGAUUUCAAAAUGAACUCCAGAGCAGGCACGCUAUCCGGCGGACAGAAACGAAAACUCUCUCUGGCGAUAGCUCUAAUUGGUGGAUCAGAGAUAGUAAUGUUGGAUGAGCCUACCUCUGGUAUGGAUCCUGGAGCACGUCACGAGACGUGGACUCUGUUGCAGGCAGAGAAGAACCGGAGGACCAUUCUCCUUACAACACAUUUCAUGGAAGAAGCGGAUCUUCUCGGGGACAGGAUAGCUAUCCUUGCACAUGGUCAAUUGCAAUGUUGUGGUUCUGGAAUGUUCUUGAAGAAUCAAUACGGCGAUGGCUACCACCUAACUGUUGUCUACGAAAAUUCAUCCGAGCGACAAGUGAAUAAUACGAUGGAAUUGUUACGACGACAUGUAAGCGAUGUACGACUUCAGUCAUUUGUCGGGCAAGAAGCGACUUUCCUCCUGUCUACCAAAUGCAGAUCGCAAUUUUCGUCAAUGUUCGCUGAAUUGGAAGCUUCUCAAAACAACCUCGGGAUUUCAUCUUUUGGUGUAUCGAUAACCACAAUGGAAGAAGUGUUCUUGAAAGUCGGCGACAUAGCACAGGAGCGAUUUAACCAGGAGCAUGGCGAGGACACAGUAGAAACGAAGGAGAUAGAGGAGAACGAUCCGAUUCUUCAGCAACUACGACUGACAAAACGACUCAGAGGCUUUCCGUACUAUUGGCAACAUGUUGAGGCGAUGUUCAUUAAGAGGACCAUUUAUUUCUAUCGAAAAUGGAUUAUGUUCUUGCUUAACCUGCUGUUUCCUAUAGCUUACAUGGCUCUGAUGGUAUGGACUACGACACUAGUACCAAGUCCUACCGAACAGCCAAGUUUGAAAAUUGAUCUGUCACCAUUCGGUGGUUCGAGCGGUUCUGCAUUUAUACUAGUUUCCAACGAGACGGAUCCUCGAAUUCAGGAUGGGAUUGACUUGAAAGGGCUUGUUCGGUCUACAUUUGUAAGAUUCGGAGCGCAAUCAAAUCUUUUCGCUGAUACUGUUGGAAAUGUGACGUCGUACGUGCUGAAUCUCAUACAUCAGAUUGGCUCAAGAGAGUUUGGUAUUCGUUAUCCGCUGGCAUUCCAGCGACAAUUUAUCAAGGAGAAUGCAAGAAAUCUCAGAGCUUACUUCAACAACUUCGGUUACACCACUCCGCCAUUGGCGAUUAGUCUCGCUGACUCGAUGUUUAUUUCACAGGCUCUCAAGAAGAACAUUACGCUAGGGGUGAAUAAUCAUCCAUUUCCCCCAGUGACGCAAGACGUUCUGAAGAAUCGUAACUUUUCCGAUGGUGCCGCCUUUAUGUUGUCUUACGCUGUCAUUGUAUGCAUGUCUAUAGUUGUUGCAACCUGCUGUCAAUUUCUUAUAAGAGAAAGAAAAAAGAAGAGUAAACAUAUGCAGAUGUUGUCGGGCCUACGGCCUUGGAUGUACUGGAUCACAGCAUUUGUAUGGGAUGUUAUCUGGUAUAUUGUAAGGAUGGCCGCUUUUGUUGUAAUUUUCUACGCUUUUAAUGUUGAGCCCUACACCAAAAAUUUCACAACUGUACUCAUUUUGUUGCUUGCAAUGGCUUUAUAUGGUUGGACAACUAUUCCUUUUACGUAUUGGUUUUCAUUUGCUUUCAAUUCGGCGCCAAAGGGUUUCACAUUAAUUGUUAUGUAUAACAUAAUUACAGGAAUGAUUGGAACGAUAGCCAUACCCAUCAUUCAACAAACAGCCAACGUUGAUAUAGCGUACACAUGGAGCGUCAUACUUUCAUUCUUCUUUCCUACCUACAGUAUAUCUAACAUUUUUACAGUGGUGUACAACAAUGAGUUUGGUAGGCAAGCGUGCAAAAUGCUUGAUUGUUCCAAUGCCAUCUACAAAAAUAGUCUGCAGUGCUGCGGUAGUUCCAAAGACAGGAUCUACACUGAUCACGUUCUCACUGACGCGGGUAGAUUGGGGAUAUUGUUCCCUAUGAUCUUUUUUGCUGUACAGGGCUUCUUCUACUGGCUUUUUGUAUUCGGGUAUGAAAAUAAUAUGGUUGGCUGGUUGCUGGCAUACUGCAAAGGAUUACGAAAGAACUAUCGCGUCGCGGAUUCAAAGAGCGAGAACUGGAAACUCGAGAGCGACAUUGAAUAUACUGGCGAGGAUAGUGACGUCAUAGCCGAGAAAGCUCGUGUGAAAUCUAUGGAUCGACAUGCUACAGCUGUCAUUGUGGAUGACAUUAAGAAAUGGUACGGUGAUUUUAACGCUGUGAAAGGAGUGACUUUCCAUGUAAAGAACGGCGACUGUUUUGGACUACUCGGAGUCAACGGAGCUGGAAAGACGAGCACCUUUCAGAUGUUGACAGGAGAGAAUGAAAUAAGUGGUGGAGACGCUUUUGUGAAUGGAUGGAGUGUAAAGACAGAUUGGAGAAAGGCCGGCGAAAAUAUUGGCUACUGCCCUCAAUUUGAUGCUGUUCUAAAGGAAAUGACUGGUGAAGAAACGCUGUACAUGUUUGCGAGAAUUCGUGGAAUUCCAAAGAAGGAAAUACCUGAGAAAGUGAAUGCUGUCAUUCAUACGAUAGGUAUAGGAAUGUAUGCAAAGAGGCAGAUUAAAGGAUAUAGUGGCGGUAAUAAACGACGACUAUCUCUUGGUAUAGCCUUGAUUGGUCUGCCACCUGUGCUGCUUCUUGAUGAACCGACAACUGGUGUGGACCCAAAAGCUCGUAGAAUCAUUUGGAAUAUUUUCACCAGGGUUCGAACACUUGGGACAUCAUUGGUGCUAACAUCUCAUAGUAUGGAUGAAUGUGAAGCAUUAUGUACAGAGUUGUCGAUAAUGGUGAACGGUCGUUUCAAAUGCUACGGCAGUUGUCAACACAUCAAGAGCAGAUACGGUGCUGGAUUUACACUACUGAUCCGCCUAGAGCGAAUUGAAGAUGCAGAAAAUGUGAAAAAUGAAAUUCCUAAAAUCUUUCCGGGCGCUAUUUUGAAGGAACACCAUCUUCUGCAACUCAACUAUGAAUUGCCGAAGCGCGCAGGUGUUUCAUGGUCUAAACUUUUCGAUAAGAUCGAAGUGAUAUCCAGGAAAUUUGGUUUUGAGGACUACUCCCUCAGUCAAACAACAUUAGAACAGGUGUUCCUCGAGUUCUCUCGAGAAGCUGACAUUUCAAAAACCCAUCAGAAUGGCUUAGCGAUUCACAACUGGAGCGGUGGAAAAUUCGCCCAAGAAGACGAGCUAGCGACUGAUGGUAUCUACGACUUGAAGCUUUAG